UCGCCGGCCGUCUCCCCGCACCGCCCACCAAUCCAACUCCGAAUCGUCCUCCCCCCACCCCGCCCCGAGGUCGCCGGUCGCCGGUCGCCGCAGCACGGCAGAACCCGGCGGAGAGGCUAACCGAAGCGGCAGAGGGGUUUGAUCCGGGAAAGCAUGAGCCUGGCCUCCCGCGCCCCCCGGCGUCGAGCUCGAAUCGGGAGAUAGGAAUCCGCGGAGGAGGAGAUGUCCUCCUCGCAGUCGCAGGAGGGGAAAUCCGAGGGCGCUGGGACGGGUCAGGAGGAGCGGCCCUCCAAGGCCUGGGGGCUGCUCGUCUUUGGCCUCGUCGGCGCCGCCACCGCAACCCUCGCGGUUGGUCAUGUUCGUAAAAGUGUUGAUUGGUUCUACACUCAGCAAAGAAUAAGGCACAUGCAAAGUGUUUUCAACCGAGAGAGGAACAAAUUCAGGAAUAGUUAUGAAAGUUGGAAGGAGAAUGGCCCCCCAGGUGGAUAUAAUUACAUCCCGCGGGAUGACUGGUAUUGGCAGACAGAUACGCCUAACUCGGAAAAGAAAAAUAAACGGACAUAUACUCCGGCAGGGCCUAGGGGUUAUCCUAUGUCGCAUCAUUACACCGUUCUUGGUCUUGAUAGAUCACGAGGGACUCCAUACACAGAUGCAGAAGUAAAGAGUGCUUUUAGAACAAAAGCAAUGGAGGUCCACCCUGAUCAAAAUCAAGAUAAUAGAGAGACUGCUGAAGAAGAGUUCAAGGAGGUUGUCAAAUCAUACGAGGCAAUAAAACUGGAGAGGAAAAAUAAUUCAAGUUGAUGCGUUUGUCUAUUGGAGCUUCCAGUGAAGACUUGCGCCAGUUGUUACAGCCCUGCACGCAAUCAGCAGGCCAUGCCAUCAGGUGGAUGACAAACAAAAAAUUUCUCUGGCUCUUGCGGACUUGCGGUCCUGUAGCGCAAUUUUAUACGUGAGUUUGUUGGUGGGAGCACACGUCCCUGAUGUAGAAGUAGGAUAUUGUCGACAAAGAUACAAAAGAUAUGUUUCUAUAGCUAGUGACUUGACCAUAAACUGGUUAAGGAGCCAACAUUUUUUGUUGCCACCUGAGGAAUAUGCAUCCCAGUGCCGUACACCUGAUGGUUGGUGUCUAAUUGGGUGGAAACUGAACAACUGAUUGAAAAAAAAUUGUUGGUACA